AUGCGUUCUCUCGCGGGUUGUUUUUGCAUGAAGCAAGUUAGACACAAACCUGGGUAUGAAGAGCGUAUCAUUCUUGCUUCUGAAACACCUUUUACUGUGAAUGAAAUAGAAGCUUUGUAUGAUAUGUUCAAGAAGUUAAGCAGCACCAUAAUUGACGAUGGUCUGAUUCACAAGGAGGAAUUCCAGCUUGCACUUUUCAAAAACAGCAGUAAGCAGAGUCUCUUCGUGGAUAGAGUAUUUGAUUUAUUUGAUGUUAAACAUAAUGGGGUUAUUGAAUUUGGAGACUUUGUUCGGUCUUUAAGUGUCUUCCAUCCCAAUGCUCCGGAAGCAGAAAAAAUUGCAUUCUUAUUUAGAUUAUAUGACCUACGACAGACUGGCUACAUUGGGCAUGAAGAGUUGAAGGAGAUGGUAUUGGCUCUGCUUAGUGAAUCAGAUCUGUCACUUUCCUACGAUGUGGUGGAAUCCAUUGUGGAAAAGACAAUGAUGGAUGCAGAUUCAAAAGAAGAUGGGAAGAUUGAUGAAGAAGAAUGGGGGGAAUUUGUGACAAAGAAUCCAUCUAUCAUGAAGAACAUGACUCUUCCAUGUUUGAAGGAAUUAACCCUAACAUUUCCCAGUUUCAUACUGAACACUGAAGUCCCAGAUUAGGAGUACGGACCAAUGAAGAUGACAGACUUGAUCGAAUUUUUUUUUCAACAUGCUAGGUGUUUUGUGGUUACAUUCGAAGUGUCCUCGAUAGGAUGAAAUGAGAGUAGAAUCCAUAGUUUUAUCUGCAACUUACAUGUUUUUAAAUCCAGAUUCUGAAGAGUUAAUCUGGAAGUCCCAGUUACCACGUUGUUUUAACAUUAUUUACAUAUAAAAUCUGAUUCAACAUACAAAUAUUUAGUGGAUUGAUAUCUUCUAUAACAAGUUAAUAACCCUAAAUGUAUCCACAUUAUCUUAGUGACAAACCGAAUAAGCAACAAGCAGGGAUGAAAGAAUGAAACUGUGGAUGGGAUUUGCUUAGAUCAGAUGCUGAAGAUGAUACUAUAACAACUUCUUUUAAUAACACUG